UUACAGUGAAAAUUUAGAAUUUUAUUCCCAAAACUCUACUUUGAUCGAAGGAAGAAAAUUUUUGCUUUUUACAUUUAAAAUUGAUUUUUUAACUAAUUUUUUACUUUUAAUUUCAGAGAAUCUUAAAACAACAUACAAAUGGACAACAAUCCAAAACCGGCUUCCAAACCUUGCUGUGAUGCAAUUGAACCGUUAUAUGAGAUGUUAGUUGAUAUAUUCCACGAUCCGGACUUUUUCAACAAAUGUUUAAAAGAAGAUCCUGACUUAAAAGAACGAAUUUUUGAAAUUCUUGGGCCUAACAAAUGAAUGA